GUUCAACCAAACUGACACCGGGAAGAAAAUCGUCAAAUAAAAAUGAGCGAUAAACUAACAACAAGUGUGCUGAGUAUAGGAAUAUUAACAGUCAGUGACAGUUGUUCAGAAAAUAGAGCUGAAGAUAGAAGUGGUACCAAUCUUUGUCGGCUUAUUCGAGAAGAAAAUCUAAUAAAUGGAUCUGUAGCAGUGAGAGAAAUUGUACCUGAUGAUGCUGAUACAAUAAAGAACAAACUUAUGGACUGGUCUGAUGUUAAAAAGUUGAAUCUGAUUUUGACAACUGGUGGAACAGGAUUUUCACAGAGAGAUGUCACUCCUGAGGCAACAAAAGCCAUUCUUGAGAAGGAAGCUAUUGGUAUUACUAUAGCUAUGAUUACACAGUCCUUACAAGUUACUAAACUUGCCAUGCUGUCAAGACUUGUAUGUGGUAGUCGAGGUCAGAGUCUUAUUAUUAAUCUUCCUGGAAGUGUUAAAGGUUCAGAGGAAUGUUUUAGAUUUGCACUACCUGGGAUAACGCAUGCAGUUGACCUACUGAAAGACAAUUCUUCACAAAUACAACAAACCCAUACUCAUCUGCAAAGUAAAGGUGUUCAUCAGGACACAAAACAGAUGAAGGAAAAGCGACAUUUGGACAUUGCCAGCAGUGUCUUACAGAAAUACUCAAAACAAUUUCCUAAACCACGCAAGAAAAAGUCAAAACAUCACAGAAAGUUUAUUGGAGUUAUGGUUAGGCACAGCUUGAAAGGAAAUGAGAUAUUUCCUUCAAAUUUUGAUGACUACAAUGGUAGCACUGUUGAACAAACAACUGUUGAACAAACUAACACUGAGGAAGAACAGAGUAUGAAUUCUCAGAUGUAUGAGGCAGUGAAAAUUUUGUCACCUCCAAAAAUGAACAUUGAAAAGGAAAAUUCUUUAGAUUUUACAAACACAGAGUCGUUAGAUCUUCCUGAAAUUGAAAAUAUACCUAGCGUUGAAGAAGCUGAAAUACAGUUGAUACAAAAAAUGUAUUGUGAUCAAGUCAAUAAGCAAAGUGGAUUUUCAGAUUCUUCCGUAAAUUCUGUUGAUUUAUCAAAUCAAAGUGAACCACAAACACAUCUUGUUUUAAAUGGUUUAGUGAUGGAUAUUAAUAAUAUGAAUCAAACAUCUAAUCAUAUUGAAUCAAAUGAAUCAGUAGUUAGUCAUUUGAAUCAGUUAUCCAAUCAGAUUGUUUUGGAUGAAUCGGUGAUUGUUAGUAAUGUGAAUCAGUCUCCUUCGAACCUGACCAUUUCAAAUGAAUCAGUAAUUGGUAGUAGUAUUAUGACACCAUCAUCUAAUCAGAUCAUUUUGAAUGAAACAGUUAUUGAUAGAAACAAUAUGAAUCAUUUGUCCACCAAUCAAAACAUUUUGAAUGAUUCAAUAAUUAUUAAUGAUGCACAAGGGAUUCAAUCAAUAGAAAUCCAACAGAAGCACUUAUCAUGGAGUAAUGGAAUUGAAAGUAUGGGUAAUUCUGAUAGUAUAUUAUAUAUUGAUGAAAUAUUAGAUGAAAAUGUCAAUGAUUUAGAUGAUAAUGCAGAAGAAAAUAGUAAUGACAAUUUAGUAAGUCAAGAAUCUGUUGGUGUUCAGGCUGAUUUAAGUGACAGUAAUGAAAUGGUUCAUUAUUCUGAAUCAGAAGAUGAAAACCCUGUUAAAAAAGAUAUUAGUAUUUAUGACAUUGAUUCAGAUUCAUUAACAGACAAAAUUAUUCUUCCAAAGUCCUACAGGAAAAUGGGAGAAUUUAAAAUGAAGUCUGUUCCUUUCAGACCUUUUAGUUCAUUUAGCACAAUACAAAAACAACAGGGUGCUUUUAAAAGGAGUGAACAUCAUGGUAUUGUUAAAACAAGAGAACAAGAUGGUGUUUUUAAAAAGCCAUUGAAUGAUACAAAAAUAUCAAAACGAAAGGGUUGUGUUGAAACUGUUAAGUGUGAAGUGGGCAAAGGUAUUCAUAAGUUUUUUGCUAAACAUUAUAAAAUUAGAGGGAUUUACUUAAACAAAGGAAAGAGACAUGUUAAAAAGGAUCUUGUUGUGUUAAAAAGGCAGGAUUCAGCUGUAGACCAGGGUAGCUGGAAAAGAGGAAAUUUUAUACAUGAUCGAAAUAGAUUGGAUGAUUAUUUUGAGUUGACAGAAGAAGGACAAAGGAAAAGAAAACUGUUAGAUAAAAAGAUGGUACGAGAUGAAUAUGUUGUGAACUGGUACUUAUUCUGUCCUGGUCAUGGAAACUGUAAACGCAACUGUGGUGGUUAUGGCAAAUGUGUCCAAGGCUGUAAAGGCAUGGCACACAAACAGGAUAGACACAACUGUAGUGUUAUGGUUAAUAUGAAGUUGUAUCUCAGUAAUUUGAAUCACUGGCAGAUUCAGGUCAAAGGUGAUCAUGUAGAAGAUGGAGUGUUAUGGACUUUACCCCCAGGACGCAGAAUAAAUGAAGUGACGAGGGACCAAAUUAUUUCUACAUAUUCAAGUGAUAAGCCAGAAGAUCCAGAGGAAGGGAUAAUCAAAAUUAUGCCAUUCGAUAAUGAGAGGAAACGAUAUUCUAGAUACAUGGCCAGUAUGAAAAGGAGGCGAAAAAUGAAAACUUACAAUGCAAGAAAUGAAUGCAACGAGAUUGAAAGUUUAGAGCAAGAUCGACCUCAUAGUGAUUCAAUAGAAACAUCAGCUAUAUGUGAUAACACAGAAGUAAAUGUGUCACAUGUGUACACUUAUACAACACAUAAACUGGCAGAUUCUGUAGGACCUAUUACAGACAUUGUUAGUCCACAAUGUCUUAGCCAGGAGACAAUUAUAUAUGCUGAAACACCAUCAAUAUCCAAUAACUAUCAAUAUACUAUUAUAUAAGGUAAUCACUAGAAACUGGAAAAUCUGGUGGCAAAACAUUACCUCCCCUGUGAACAUUGAGAAAUACAACUCUGCAAGGACGUUACUUAUUAUAAGUUCACAAGAAAAUGAUUUGGUAAAUAGUAAUAAUAAAAAAAAAAUUAAAUAAAAACUGAAUUUCCUUAUGAUGUUAUUAUUUUCUUCUCAAUAUAGCAAAGGAUGAGGAUGGCAGGCUGUAGAAGUUUUGUGUAAAAGUGGUUUGAAAUGUUGCUAUGGAAAAGGACAAAAUUUACCAACCUCUUUUUAUUUUCUACUGGCUGUGUAUAGAACUUAACUGGAACAUGCCAAUUAUCUGUAUAUAUAACCAGCUAGUCCAGAUUUGUCAAGGGAAAAAAAUCAACAGUGUCAUUUGAUAUGCUGUAAUGUAAAAUAUUUCAACUUGAACAGCCAUAACCUUUAAAUCAUUAUAUUCACAUUAAGACAGUUUUUGAUAUUGAAAGUUUCUGUGACAUUGGUUUGUUUGAAAACUUAGUUUUGAAAAGUUGGUAGAUUUCUGGAAAUUAUACCACACUAAAGACUAUUUGGAACACUCUGAAAAUUGGUGUUUGAAUAGAGCUUUAGUUUUUUUAUCUGCAAGAUUUUGUCAGUCAUGGUCUAUUGACUUUGAAACUUUUACUUAGUUUACACUUAUUAGUUUGUGAUUAGGUCAGUUUAUGGGGAACCACUAGUAUAGGUCAAUGAUAUUUGGUAUGCAGUUGUAUAAGCAUUAGCAGAUCUCAUUUCCAUGGAGAUUAUUUGGCCCUGCCCCCUCAUUCAUGGUCUAUUAACUUUGAAACUUUUGCUUAGUUUUCAUGUAUUAGUUUGUGAUUAGGUCAGUUUAAGGGGAACUAUUAGUGGUAGGUCAAUGAUAAUUGGUAUGCAGUUGUAUAAACAUUAGCAUAUCUCAUUUCCAUGGAGAAUAUUUGAUCCUUACCCCUCAGUCAUGGUCUAUUGACUUUGAAACUUUUACUUAGUUUACAUGUAUUAGUUUGUGAUUAGGUCAGUUUAAGAUGAACCACUAAUGUUAAGUCAAUGAUAUUCGGUAUUGAAUGUAUUGGCAUUUGCAAGUUUCAUUUCCAUGGAGAUUAUAUAACCCCACCCCCUAAUUAUGGUUCAUUGACUUUGAAACUUUUACAUAGUUUACAAGUUAAUGUUUGUGUUUAGGUUUGUUUAAAGGGAACGACUUAUGAAAAGUCAAUGGUAUUUGGUUUGCAGUUGUAUUAGCAUUGGCACAUCUCAUUUUCAUGGAGAUUGUUUAGCCCUGUACCUUCAGUCAUGGUUCAUUGACUUUGAAUAUUUGCAUAACUUACAUGUUAAAGUAUUGCUAUUUUAAUU